AUCUUAUGCUGGACUGAUCAAGUACUUUGAAAAUGACUUCAAAACUUCUCUGGGUGUCCUUCAUACUUGCUGCAUUAACACUUUCAACUACAUUUUCUCUCCAUUCAGACCAGCAGAAGGUUCUGCUAGUUUCAUUUGAUGGAUUCCGUUGGGACUACUUAUAUAGAGUUCCAACACCCCAUUUUCAUUAUGUUAUGAAAUAUGGUGUUCACGUGAAGCAGGUUACUAAUAUUUUUAUUACAAAGACAUACCCUAACCAUUAUACUUUGGUAACUGGCCUCUUUGCAGAGAAUCAUGGGAUUGUUGCAAAUGAUAUGUUUGAUCCUAUUCUGAACAAAUCUUUCUCCUUGGAUAGCAUGAAUGUUUAUAACUCUGACUUUUGGGAAGAAGCAACACCAAUAUGGAUCACAAAUCAGAAGGCAGGACAUACUAGUGGCGCAGCAAUGUGGCCUGGAGCUGAUAUAAAAAUACAUAAGAGUUUUCCUACUCACUACAUGCCUUACAAUGAGUCUGUUCCAUUUGAAGAAAGAGUUGCCAAAAUUAUUGAAUGGUUUACAUCAAAAGAGCCUAUAAAUCUUGGUCUUCUUUAUUGGGAGGACCCUGAUGACAUGGGCCCCCAUUUGGGACCUGACAAUCCACUCAUGGGGCCUGUCAUUUCAGAUAUUGACAACAAGUUAGGAUAUCUCAUAAAAGUGUUGAAAAAGACAAAGUUGUGGAACACUCUGAACCUAAUCAUCACAAGUGAUCACGGAAUGACCCAGUGUUCUAAGGAAAGAGUAAUAGAACUUGACCGGUAUUUGGAUAAAGACCACUAUACCCUGAUUGACCAAUCUCUAGUAGCAGCCAUCUUGCCAAAAGAAGGUAAAUUUGAUGAAGUCUAUGAAGCACUGGUUCAUGCUCAUCCUAAUCUCACAGUUUACAAAAAAGAGGACAUUCCAGAGAGAUGGCAUUACAAAUUCAACAAUUGAAUUCAACCAAUCAUAGCAAUGGCUGAUGAAGGGUGGCAUAUUUUACAGAAUAAGUCAGAUGACUUUCUGUUAGGCAACCAUGGUUAUGAUAAUGCAUUAGCAGAAAUGCAUCCAAUAUUUUUAGCCCACGUUCCUGCCUUCAGAAAGAAUUUCACAAAAGAAGCCAUGAACUCCACAGAUCUGUACCCACUGUUGUGCCACCUCCUCAAUAUCACCGCCAUGCCAAACAAUGGAUCAUUCAGGAAUGUCCAGGACCUGCUCACUUCAGCAACUCCAAGAGCAUUUCCUUACACGCAGAGUACUACCCUCCUCCACGGUAGUGUCAAAGCAAAAGAAUAUGAGCAAGAGGAAUCCCAUGCUUAUUUCAUAGGGGUCUCUCUUGGUAGCAUUAUAGUUAUUAUAUUUUUUGUCAUUUUCAUUAAGCAUUUAAUUCAGAGUCAAAUACCUGCCUUACAAGAUAUGCAGGUUGAAAUAGCUCAGCCAUUAUUACAAGCUUAG